AGGAGGCUACGAGGCCGUUAUGGGCAUAUCUAACCUGGAAUCCAGACGAGUCUGCGGCUAUCUCCAAAGAAACGGCUGGGUUGACCGACUAACGCGCGCCAUUCUUGUAGAGUUCACGACCUACAACGCCAACAGCAACCUUUUCGGGACGGCGAAGUUCCUACUCGAGUUCGGGGCGAUGGGUGCGGCCAUGAUAGGAUAUCACGACAUCGACGUUUUGCGGCUGUUCAACCACAUGGGCCCAUUUGGAAUAAUGGUGGUGGUGUUUGAGUUGGUUUACAUCGGGUAUCUUGCCUUCUCCGUUUUCAAGGAGACCAAGAAGUUGCGGCAGCAGCGCUGUUCGUACUUCAGCGACCCCUGGAACGUGCUGGAACUUCUCAUCAUCGCUACGUCACUGACUGGAAUCAUCCUCUACAUCUUGAAGGCGGUUCACACGAGUUCAACUCUUUCUGCUCUCAAGGAAGAAGGGGAUAAGUUUGUGAGUUUCCAAAGCGUGUCCGUGGUCUACAUGGUCUUCCGCUUCGUCCUGUCCAUGGUCGUGUUCCUGUCCACACUGAAGUUCAUGAAGCUCCUCAGGUUCAACAAGAAGAUCUCUCUCCUGUCGGCGACUCUGCGCCACAGCACCACCAUGAUGGUUCCCUUCGUGGUGCAGUUCAUGCUGGUCUUCUUCGCCUUCGUGCACUUCGCUUUCAUCGUAUUUGGAGGAGGUUCUUUGAAAUACAACAACGUCAUCAGUGCCGCUGAGACCAUUUUCUCUAUGACCAUCGGGAAGUUUGACCACCAGGAACUGACGGACAUCCACAUGGUCCUGGGGCCGGUCUUUUUCAUCACCUUCAUGUUGACUGUAUUCCUCGUCAUCAUCAACAUAUCCUUCACCAUCAUCAACGACAGUUUUGUGGAGGUGCGAAGUGAUAUAUCCAAGCAGCCUAACGACUACGAAAUCAUGGACUUUCUGGCGGGUCGAGUGAAGAAAAACCUGAAGGCUGUUGCCGGUAUGGUCAUAGGAGAUGGCCAAGACGACAACCGUGACCCAGUGUAUAUUGAGUACACCACGGAAUGUAUCGUGGACCGUGUGGACAUGCUGUACCGGCGGGCGUCCAAUCUCUAUGUGCAGGACGUCCUGGAUGGGCAGGCGGAGUUCAUCGUGGACGAGUACAUCCGGAGCACCUGGCGGAGACGGCUCAGUAUAGACGACGAUUUCGACACGCCCCACUGGGACCCCGAGACUGUCAGCGUAAGCAGCUUUCAGCACCAGCCCGGCCCUACAACGGGGAAGUCUGACGAAGGCUACGUGUAUGUGGACCAUCCACAAUAUGACUAAUCUCCAAGCAGAUCAUACGGUAGCAUUAAAUAGUAUCAAAAGCUGUCAGAGGAGUGGAGCCGGCCUAGGAGCGUGUUUGGAUAGCUACAGGGGUAAAUGUACACCGCUUGUCUGACUACACUCCUUGGCCAGUUUGGUACUAUCUCAUCGUACUAUGCCAUCGUAGGAUCUAUUUGGAGAUCAGAUACGACAGCUAUUGUAUUGUAGAUAAAAUAGAAAAUAGAUGUCUUUCCUACCACACCUUUCGAUCCUUGAGGGUCCAUUUCUUACGACCCUGUCACAUAAUAUAGGAGAAUCUGUCAUAGAGGCCGACUAGUCUGCGGGCUCUAAAUGAGAUUUUCGACUGUCACAGUAAUACGCCCGAUGUUCUCUUGAUCUUCGCGCGAUUGCUCACAGGUCAUUGAGCCUCGUAGAUCAAUACCCUCGACUCUCGGACGACUUUAUGUGCUUUAUGACGAUGGUCUGAUCUCUUCUUGCAGGUCUGAGUUUAACAUGUAUUACACAGCCCAUUAUACCAGUACUUAUCAAACACCUUUGAUACACUGCCAAUUAUUUAUUAAUAUUACACCUGUCUUAAAACGGAACAUGUUGAUCCAACUCAAACGUUGUCCUUGAAAUAUUGCUUUGAAUGUGUGAAUUCAAAUGGAAGUAACUAUCGGUACUUGUUUCUUGAUCUAAUGGCUAGUAGGUGAAUAUACUUAACAUUAUAAUUAGUGCUAUUUUAAGCCUUCUUUAGAUAUGUAAAUUGAAGACAUUGUUGUUCUAUGUGUUGCAUUUUGCCAUUUAUUGUAUAUCUAUCAAUUGUCAUGCAUGUUCAAUGUGAUAUCUGUCAUAUGAUGGCCCAAAUUAUUUCGGGUAACUGUACACGUUGUUGCUGACACUGCACUGAAACCAUCAGUGUAUCAAUCUUAAAAUAACUCCUUCCUACCUAGAGUGGUGUGAUUACAUUGUGUAGACUAUUCAUGUUUGUCUUUCUUGCACGUAAUAUAAGCGCUUUGUGCACAUGUGGUGUUAAAAUGUAGAUAAUACAUGUGUAGUUGAGAAUAAACAUGAUGUGUUGCAUCUCAAUCGGGUACUUGUUUUCUGUCUAUAGGC